GUCCAAUCACAGCACUCAGAGAUGAUGUCAUGUUGAGAGCCGAACAGUGGUGCUGAUGUUGAGAGAAGCCCAGAGCUCCACUAAUUGAGGGAGUGAGGAAGCAAGCAGCUCACCACUAACUGGGUUGGGGUGGCUAUUGGGCUUCUGGUUGUGGCAGACUCUUCAUUGACAGACAACAGUCUCAACCCCUCUGGAUAAAAUGACUCUUGCAGCAUAUAAAGAGAAGAUGAAAGAGCUCCCCCUAGUGUCCCUCUUCUGUUCCUGUUUCCUGGCUGAUCCUUUGAAUAAAUCAUCUUAUAAAUAUGAUGACACUGUGGCUCUGAACUGGUGUGUUAUUUCUGACAUGGAAGUUAUAGAACUGAAUAAAUGCACCUCAGGCCAGUCCUUUGAGGUCAUCCUGAAGCCACCCUCCUUUGAUGGGGUACCAGAGUUCAAUGCCUCCCUGCCCCGGAGGCGAGACCCAUCCUUGGAAGAGAUCCAAAAGAAGUUAGAAGCUGCAGAAGAGAGACGGAAGUACCAAGAAGCUGAGCUCCUGAAACAUUUAGCUGAGAAGCGAGAGCAUGAGAGGGAGGUGAUCCAAAAAGCCAUUGAAGAAAAUAACAAUUUCAUCAAGAUGGCAAAGGAAAAGCUGACACAGAAAAUGGAAUCCAAUAAGGAGAACCGGGAAGCCCAUCUCGCUGCCAUGUUGGAACGUCUGCAAGAGAAGGAUAAACAUGCUGAAGAGGUUCGGAAAAACAAGGAGCUGAAGGAAGAGGCCUCCAGGUAAAAACCCUGAGGCAAGAAGAAAUUUGGACCAGCAGCUCCAGCAGCAGUGGUGGCGGCUAUCCCAGAACUGGGGUUUUUUGGGGGGAGGGGGAGGGUAGUGGCCAAGGGAAGUUUCCUCUGCUUUCUUUGUUUGUACAUGUAAAGAGUUGACCAGUGAAGCCAUCCUAUUUGUUUCUGGGGAACAAUGAUGGGGUGGGAGAGGGGAGAGAAAGAGACUUGGAAAAAAGAAGGUCAGAGAGGGAUCCAUGGGGCCCUCAUAGCUAUUACACCCAGAGAAGCUCAGAAUUGCAUCCUCCACACUUUUUUUUCCCCAUUUCUUUGGCUGGGUAUCAAGCAUUGGACCAACAAGUCUUCAGGGUGGGUGGGUAUGGGCAAAAAAAAAGAUGUUGGAAAUCAGGGGAAUAGAAAUUAGUGGUGAAGUGGAAAGUACCUGGGUGGAAAGGAGUAUCGAAGUGGUUUAAGCUAAGAUCCUCAAACCUUUAAACUGGCCAGAGGGAGGCAUGCUCAGCAGGUGUAUUGUUUCCAUCCUAUAACAGGUGGGAUGACCCACUGUUAGUGUGGGUGUCGUGCCCCACAUAUGUGUGUGUUUUUACAUUCAUCUUUUGAUCUUCAUUACAAAUGGAAUAUUUACUCCAUGUCUCUGGUUCUUUUUUCCUGUCCCCAAAAGGCCCAACUGGUAAAAUGUUGAUGUUUGAUGCUCCAGAAUGGUUUAUGAUACUCCUUAUCUUUGUCCUCAGCAGUGCUUUGGCCAUGCAAGGAGGUGGAGGGUGGGGAGAGCAGGAUAGAAUCUUGCCAGUGUCAUCAUCCCAUUUUUAGUAACCAUAAGAGUUUCCAUUAUGAUUGCAUUAUACUAUGCAUCAAUGAAGUGCUUUCACAUCCAUCGCCUCGCUGUCUCCUUACAACAACUCCGUGAAGUCAGUGGGCCAAAUAUUUUUCCCUUUUAUACAUGAGGAGAAUGAGUUCAGAGAGACUGUGGCACGCCCAAGGUCACACAGCUUAGAAGGAGCAGAGCUGACAGUUGAAUCGAAAUCUUUGGACAUUAAGUCUGGUCCUUCCCUUACUACGUCUGCUACCACUCCAUAGAACUGGAAGAUCAGCACAUUUCUGGCCCCUUCCUUGGUGGCGUCUCACUAAAUAUCUGUGAUUGCUAAGGUGUCAUGCUAGAUAGAUCACGAGGAAGAUGCCGUCUUGCCCUCAGUGGAGGAACUGGUAUUUUAACAUGCUUCCCAAGGUUCUCUGAAAUCUGGGGCUAAGACUAAGGAGACUCUUUAGUAAGAAGAAAACCCAUUUUAAUUUGGGAUUAGGCUAGAAGGAAGUGAGCAUUAACAGGGCCUGGAAGAGAAUUCAGUUUGUUGGGCCCAGAGUGGAAAACCUGUAGCCAAAGGAACUUUUAAAAUCUCUUUUCCUAAUUUAGAGGGGCCAGGGGUUUUAUCUUUUAGGUCAGUGGUCCUCUGGUUCAGAAAGAAGCCUUAGGGACUCUACACAGGAAGUCCAUCCUUUGAGAACAGCAGGAGUCCCAGGCAGGAAUUGGGGAAAAGGGCAGAAUGAAUGUGGUGUCAGGGAUUCCCUCCCACUUGGGCAGAUACUGUGUAUUUUUGUAUACAGCUUUGCAAAUAAACCACCUUGGUACUAUGUUCUUUCUCAUCUCCCGU